AUGUCGAACGGAGGAUCUUCAGCAGAUCAACAGAUGGAGUUGAUGCAAAAAAUGCGUGAAGAGUUUCUGCACCAAUUUGACGUACUUCGUCAAGCAAACGAAGCAAGUGUGGCUCAGAUCGCCUUACUUCAACAGCAGAAUAACACUCUACAAACGACGCUGGCUCAGUUGGCACCACCGCCACCAGUGGGUGACACAGCAGCUCCCUCUAGUCAGAAUAUUCCUCCGAUUACUGGACUUCCGCCUGAUGGGGUUCCACCUAAUGGGGAUGAGCAGGUCGAAUCCAGCCAUAAGCUUACGGUGUGGUCCAAUGGAAUCCCAGAUGGUGCAGGCGUUCAGGAUGCCUUUGACCAGAAGAGACUCCUGAAGAUUCAAACACCUGCCGAGAUGGCUAGAGAACACAAAAAUUCUUUGAUCAAAACUCCUUUCACUGACGAUGUGUAUCUGGUAGAGAGGCCCAAGAAAUUCACCAUGCCUUCUUUCACCCAGUUUGAUGGAACAAGGGAUUCUUCUCAGCACCUAGAUCAUUAUGCUCAAAAGAUGGCUUUGGAUGAUCGUAAUGACCCUUGGAUGUGCAGAGUUUUUCCUACCAGUUUGACAGGAGCAGCACUAGAGUGGUUCAGGAAUAGACCGCAUAAAUCCAUCCCGAAUUACGUAACUCUAUACACCAUGUUCCUGGCACAGUAUUGCGGAAAUAAAAAGCAAAAGAAAAGCAUUGCCAGCCUCUUCACCGUAAGGCAGAAAAGGGGGGAAACUUGCAGGAUUUCUUAUCAAGAUUCAACAUGGAGACAUCAGAAAUAG